AUGGCCCUAAGAAUAUCACACAGAACUUCAGGCAUCAUAGUGGUAAUCUUCCUGCUGAAUGCCAUUUCUUUACCGACGGAUGCUCAGCAGGAUCCGUGUGUCUUCCCAAACCACUUCCGGCUUCAGGACGAGGAGAGGAAUUAUAACACCACGGCGCGUUCGUCAGGGACGGUGAUCUGUGACGACGGACAGCCUCACGCCUGGUACAGGUUUGUUGGAAAUGCUGGGGAGCGUAUGGCAGACGAGUCCGGCAAGUCAUUCCCGGCGCUCUCCUGCUCAACCGAGUCGCCCAUAUUUUUGGAGGGAAAGCAUCCCAUCGCCGCCACCAUGACACCGGGACAGAUAGUCACCAAGCAUGCAGCGUUCAAGUAUUUUGGUGUGACGUACUACCACCCACUGUCCACCUUAAGUGUGGAAAUUAAGAACUGCGUUGACAACGGGCAUCAGUAUUUCAUCUAUAAGCUCCCAAAGGUUCCAAGUUGUGACAUGGCAUACUGUGGAGAAGGCCAAGGACCGAUUCCUUGUAAAGUGGCUAUUGGGAUAAUAACCAGAAUCUGGGCAUGACGUCAUUUGUCAACUCUAAAAACGACUACUUUGCUGGGGUCAAGAUCUUUAAGAAGGGGACGACAACUGAAGUGACCACAGUCACAUUGGACAAGGCAAAAAUGAAACCAUUCGAAAUCGAGUUGGCGUCAACCAUCCCAAUAACCAAGGCCUUUAACGGGAACCAACUGGGCAAGAUGCCUAUGAAAGUUUCCACUAGCGAGAAGACGCUGAUGCUGCACCAUCGUUGUACAACUGCGUUUCACGAGACGGACUGGAGUGCCCGCCAUAAGAACCACGUGGUGGCCAAACCUCCCCUUGUGAUUUACCCUGUGUAUGACGGUAAGACCAGACUGAUGCCCUCCGCCUGGCCCCCAAGGGAGCUGAGCUUUGACAAGUUGAUGUUCAGGCUCCCCUUUAAUCCCGCCAUUCCGACCAGUGUGUGGGACGGGCUCCAUCUCAAACCAUUGAAGGUCAACGUGAAAGACUCCAGCACCAGGUCUACAAGUGAGUGUUUGUCCAUCAACGACCCUCAUGUAAGAUCCUUCGACCGCAGAUCUUUUGAUAAUCAUGGUAUUGGAGAGUUUAUCAUGGCAAAAUAUGACGGACCCAAUACUUACUUUGAGGUUCGCACUCAACAUUGGCAAUGCUGGCAUUCCUGGGCAAAGUGUAACUGUGGAGUGGCAGUCAGAGAAAACAACGAUAUAUUCGUCAUCAACACGUGCCAAGGUCAAGGUGGGCGAAGGGUCGGGAGAGCGCUGAAUCCCCAGGUGUGGACGCGGUCAGCUGAUAACUGUGGUCACGGUACCGGAUGUCCAGCUCCUGGCGCCGCCAUUCACAGAGACGGGAAUGGGAAAAGCUUCAAGAUCACUCUGCCCUCGGGAGCUUGGGUGCGCGUCGACGCGUGGAAUUGGAUGGGCAUGAACGUGCACGUGCACGCACCAAGCUACUUCAAGAACCAGAUGACAGGCAUGUGCGGUAAUUUUAAUGGCAAUCGAUAUGAUGACCGGUACACUAGCUCGUUCUUCCAGUCACUCAGAGUACCAGGACAAAGCACAUAUUUCCAGGCUAACGUCAAAAUCCCAGAGAUAGUGAAGUCUGCGGGUUCCCAAGGCAACAACUCAGCUUACUGUCACUGUCAGUCUGUAGACAACAACACCAAUACGAACGCGCUAGUGUGUGACUUCAACCGCCACAUUAGUGACAAGGCCAACCUUAAUGGAUAUACAAAAAUUAAUACCCCAAUUCUCACCCGAUAUCCCGCAGUAAAUGGAAAACGCAGCGCCGCAGUGAAUAGUCCGGCAGACGAUGAUGAGAUAGUGGACCUCAGUCUGUAUAGUUAUCCAUUUGAUUAUGCAGAAAAUACGCCAAUAACCGUGCGCACUUUUACUUGGCCCACUCAUGGGGGUCGCACCCAAAAAUAUGCCUCGGACUUGUGCCGCUCUGCUCUACGAAAUUCCUCCGUUUACAGCCUGUGCCAUAAAGUUCCAGAUUUUGACAACUCUUUCAUUUUGUCACAGUGUGUGGCUGACAUACAGAUGCUAGACGAGGAGACGGUGGCCCUGGAGACAGCCAGGGAUACAUUUGAGGCCACAUGUCAGGUCGAGGUAGAAAAGCUUGAAUUCCCCCCUCUGCCCGCCAGUGGGACUCCAGUUGCUGUACCAGCCAACCUACGAGAACUGGCAGCCAUCGUCAACUCAGGAGUCAUCAGCAGUAAAGUGUGCCCUAGCCAGUGUAGUGGUAACGGGGACUGUGUCAACGGGAAGUGUCAAUGUCGACCCCCUUACGUGUCCCAAGAUUGCUCUUUACGGGACUCCCAGCCUCCUGUGGUGUCUGAAAUUCAAGAUGCAGGCAUAUGUGACGUCAGACGCCGGACAUGCAAGAAGCUCCGCCUUGGUGUGUCUAACAUAAUGGAGGGUAAGGACUUCAAGUGCCAGGCAACAGUUGCUAAGAUUGAUCUAUCCACCAGUAUCCGUACCCCAGGCAUGGUCUCAGACACCACUGCAGCUAUGAUUUCCUUCGCAGAAAUGACAUGCGCAUUACCGCCACACUUUGUAAAGAUAUUUGACGGUGUGACGUCAUCACCAGGCACACCUGCCCUCGGUUUCAGUCUUGUCGUCAGCAAUAACGGGAAAGACUAUUCCAACGCCGUGAACGUCACAGUCUAUGACUCCAAGUGUGUCACGUGUACCGGCCAUACCUGUGUCAGAAAGGCUGGCACGUGCGUAAUUAACGGGUACUGCAUUGCGGACGGUGAGAGUCACCCUGGAGAUCCCUGCCAGGAAUGUGACGUGAACUCCAGUACAGACCAAUGGACCAGACGGACAGAUGGGAAGUGCGCCAAGACGUGCAACUGUAAGCCAGGUUUCCAGUGUAACCCCUCCAUGAUCACCUGUGAAGAUAUCAACGAAUGCCAGAACACAAGUAUAUGUGGUCUCUAUGAAGAGUGCCGUAAUACUGAAGGCAGCUUUUAUUGUCAAAAGCGUGCCUCGGGGUGUCCUCAGCACUACUCAAAGUUCGGAAACACUUUCUGUUAUCGCGUGCACCUGUCUAAGUCGACCUUCACCCAGUCACGUGCUACUUGUACCAGCGAGGGGGGUGAUCUGGCCCUGCUCAGCUCCUUGGGAGAUUACAAAGCUUUCACCAGAAAUAUUGCCAAAAAUCAGGGGUUCUUGUGGAUAGGAGUCAUCAUGGACAAACUUGACAACGUUUUCAAAUACGUAGAUGAUUCAGACUAUCCCUCAGUGCUUCCCUGGGCGACCGGGCGUCCGCUCGAUCCCAAGAAAAACCUUGAUUGCGUUGCCAUGGAUACUCAGGACGCAUUCCAGUACGUGGACAAGAGCUGCACAGACACGGCGGGGUUUGUGUGCCAGGCCAAAUGGCAAAAACCAUAACUUUGGUUUCAAAGUCUCUUGCGGUCAGCGCUUCUUUUACAGUGUACCAAAUAAGAAUUUGUAAUACAAGAAGUUAGUAACUUUGACAGAAUGAUGUUUAUUUACUUCUCAAUAUUCGAGGUUGAUUUAGAUAGGAACGACGCUGCCAACUGCGAGGCCAGGCUCUGCGAUAACGAGGGUAUUUGUAUGUGACUCAAUACUGAUGAGCAGUAGUAGUUUACAGUAUUUUAUUGCCCAGUGCAUUGUGUCACCGUUUAUUGACAAUAAAAGUUACGCAUUCUUCAAAAACUGAUAUUGAAGAGCAUACAUGUAGUUGUGAUAUGGUUAUUAUUUAAAAGGACGUAGAUAUUCUUGCUGACAAUAAACAUGCUUAUCUGCCUCAUUACUGUAUCUUAAAUCAACAUUGUUGUAGAUGCGAUACGACACAGUAAUUUGACUUGAUCUUGAUCUCUU